AAAGCGCCCGACGCUGGUGGCCCGUCGCCGUUCCUGCCGCCCCUCGCGAGUCGUGGCCGCGCCGGACGCCCCGCAGCCCCCGACCAGACCCGUCCCGCGCGGCGUCAGCGCAGCCGGCCCCUGCCAGGGGGAGCAGCCGGGCCUCGGCGGAGCAGCGCGGUCCGUGAGGAGCAGAUUUAUCAGCCGCUCGAUGGGGAUUUGUGUCACCACUUCACCUUUGUGCAGCAGGCAGAACGACUUCAACACCUCUUCAGUAAUAAUUAUGAAACUGGUAUUAACUGAGUGGCAAUUAUGGAUUUUUAACUCUAGAUCCCAGUAAGCAAAAGGAAGCCAGCAAGCCAUAUCUUGAAAAUUUCUUACCAAAUAGUUUGAUGUCCCUCUGAAUGUUGGAAAGCCUUCGUGAAAAAUUGACGCCUAAACCCGUUUGCCCCGAGGGAGUUACAAAUACCGCUUGCACAAGGAACGGGACGCCAUGAGGAGCAGAAGGCAUCUUAACUUAUCGCUAGAGAUGAUAGAAUUAUUUAUAUAGAGAUAAAAAAUAAAUCUAUAGAUAUAUAAAUAUAUGUAUUUUUUAUGGUGAUGAAAAUGGCUCCCCAGAAUGCUGACUCAGAAUCUAUGCAAGUUCAAGAGCUUCCUGUCGUUCAGCUCCAGAAACCGGAAAAGGAGAGCGAGAACAGAGAAGAGACUAUUAGUGAAGGUUCCAUAGACCGCAUCCCAGUGCGGCUCUGGGUGAUGCACGGCGCCGUAAUGUUUGGCAGGGAAUUUUGUUACGCUAUGGAGACAGCUUUGGUGACACCAGUAUUGUUGCAAAUUGGUCUUCCUGAACAGUACUACAGCCUCACCUGGUUCCUUAGUCCAAUCCUGGGCCUGAUCUUCACUCCCUUAAUUGGUUCAGCCAGCGACCGCUGCACCCUCAGCUGGGGCCGGCGACGGCCGUUUAUCCUCGCCCUUUGCAUCGGUGUCCUCCUCGGAGUGGCCCUUUUCUUAAAUGGCUCUGUUAUUGGUCUUGCUAUCGGAGAUGUCCCAGAAAAACAGCCCAUUGGCAUCGUCCUCACCGUGCUCGGAGUGGUGGUGCUGGACUUCUGUGCUGAUGCAACUGAGGGGCCCAUCCGCGCCUAUUUGCUGGAUGUGGUGGACAGCGAAGAGCAGGAUAUGGCCCUAAAUAUCCAUGCCUUUUCAGCCGGCCUUGGAGGAGCCAUUGGCUACAUGCUGGGGGGCCUCGACUGGAUGCAGACCUUCUUAGGCAGCCUCUUUAAAUCUCAAGAGCAAGUCCUCUUCUUCUUUGCAGCCAUUAUUUUCUCGGUUUCCGUUGUCCUCCACCUCUGCAGCAUUGAAGAAGAGCAAUACAACCCUCAACAGGAUAGGACUGAUGAUGAAGUGGAAACCCUCUCGAGCGUCAAGCUGAGUGGCAGUCUCCCUCCUCUGAAUCGGCUGAAUGUCAUCAGUGAGGAAGACCCUUAUGGGAACUCCAUGUUCCCAGAUGAGGUCCAGUCUGAACAAGACCUCAGCAUGGAGUUCCUCGAGGUGGACAUCGUGCGGAGCAAGAGCGAUUCAGUCCUGCACAUGCCCGAUGCCACCCUCGAUAUGGAAUCUGAAUUGCUCUUCCUUCACGAGAUUGAGCCUUCCAUUUUUCAGGAUUCCUCUUACCCAAAUACGCCCCACAGCACCAGCCAAGAACUCAUGAAGUCCAAAUUCAACCGUUUGUCCGCUUUCCUCAGGGAAAAUGAGAAGGAGGAGGAGAUGUUACUUGAUCAUCACUUGAACGAGGCCAAAGUCCCCAAUGGUAACGGUUCCCUACCAAAAGACCUCCUGAAUGGACAUGUGAGGGUUGGCAUGAAGCAGUCAUGCACCUCAAACUCCAUGCGCCGACGAAGGCACAUGUUCUACCGCCAGCCCUCUUACACCUUCUCAUACUAUGGCAAGAUCGGGUCCCACCACUACCGCUUCCGGCGGGCCAACGCCGUUGUCCUGAUCAAGUCCUCUCGGAGCAUGAAUGAUAUCUACGACAUGCAGAAGAGGCAACGGCAGAGAUACAGGCACCGGAAUCAAAGCGGGGCGACCAACUCCAGUGGGGACACGGAGAGUGAAGAAGGUGAAACUGAAACCACCGUCAGACUCUUGUGGCUGUCCAUGUUGAAGAUGCCCAAAGAACUGCUACGGCUCUGUGUCUGUCACCUCUUGACCUGGUUUUCCAUCAUUGCUGAAGCUGUGUUCUAUACUGACUUCAUGGGGCAGGUCAUCUUCCAUGGUGACCCCAAGGCCCCUUCUAAUUCUACAGAACUACAGGACUACAGCACUGGUGUCCAGAUGGGCUGCUGGGGCUUGGUCAUCUAUGCUGCUACUGCUGCUGUGUGUUCAGCUUUACUCCAGAAAUACUUGGACAACUAUGACUUGAGCAUACGAGUGAUCUACAUCUUGGGCACCCUGGGAUUCUCCAUUGGCACAGCGGUGAUGGCCAUAUUUCCCAAUGUGUAUGUUGCCAUGAUCAUGAUCAGCACAAUGGGAAUUGUCUCCAUGAGUAUCUCCUAUUGCCCUUAUGCACUUCUGGGGCAGUACCACGACAUCAAGGAGUACAUCCACCAUAGCCCUGGCAACUCAAAGCGAGGUUUCGGCAUCGAUUGCGCCAUCUUGUCGUGCCAGGUCUACAUCUCUCAGAUCCUGGUCGCUUCUGCCCUGGGGGGAGUGGUGGAUGCCGUGGGCACCGUCCGGGUCAUUCCAGUGGUGGCAUCCAUGGGCUCUUUCCUGGGCUUCCUGACAGCCACAUUCUUGGUGAUUUACCCAGAUGUGGGGGAGAGUUCAAAGGAAGAGCAGAAGGAAUUGGCGCCGCCGCCCGCUGUGACCGAAAGCAAUGGCCCAAACAAGGAGAAACCAUCGGUGAUCAAGCUCUGCCAAAAAAACCCGGCCGCGCCAGAGGCAGAAAGCGAGUCAGCCGUUUGAAGGCCUUGUCGCCGUCGCCCCCACGCACAUUCCAAGCGGUUCCGAUGCAAAGCCCAGAACAUCGUUCCAAGCGAAAUUUGAAUUUUUAGCAGACAGCCUUGCUGUUUAAGUUGCAGCAGAGGAUUAAAAGGUUCUUUCAGGCAAUUGUAGACGAGGUUUCCGAGGGCUGGGGGAGCACAGCCUAGAGAGUUUUUGUGGUGACUGCUUUCUCUGCAAUCCAGAAAAUCUCAUUUCUUUGAGGUAUUUUUAAUGAAGAGAAACGCUCUUGGAUUUCCAAGGCGGUUUUUAUCAACAAGCAGGAAAAUGUCCUUCUGUUUUUGUUCUUGUUCUUGUUUUUGUUUUAAAGUCGCGGCAUUCUUUUUUUUUUUUUCUUCCAAAUUAUUCAUUUGGACAAGUUACUUUUUUUGCAAUUGGAGAGUUUGUGAUUUAACUUAAGCCAUUCUUGCUUCCGCUUUUUCGGGAAAACAAAGGUUUUUCUUCGAUUUUGUCCAGGCCUUGUGGUUUUCUUAAGAGAACCAAUUGCAUUGAUUUAAUUUGUGCAUUUUGAAAUUGAUGCAAUAUUAAAACUGACAGCUUUGCUUGGUGGGUCUUUCCCCCCCUUUGAACUUUGGCCUGGGGCUCAUUAUUUCGGAAGUAAUUGCUAUUCCUUCCCCAAUUUUAUUUGAAGGUAUUGCGGCAGAGUUGUAGUGGGAACGCUCAUCCAUUUAUUUAUUUAUU